AUAAAACUAUAAUAUAGCCACACAUCCGCAGAUUUUGAGAAGUUAUUUACAAGUUGUGUUCAGCUCCAGACAAUUCAUCUGAAGUGACAGAAACAACAUGGCUGCUGCAGCACCUGAUGUGCAGCCUGUGAAGAGAAGCAGCAGUUAUAAUUUAUUACCACCUGACAUGUCUGAGCUGAGGGUGGUUCUGCUGGGAAGCAGCUGGUCUGAGAGGAAUUCAGUGGGAAAUUUUAUCGCGGGAUUUGAUGCUUUCAAGGAUGUCUUUACGUUCUGUAUGAAGCUCAGUGUACCGUUGGAGGAUAAAACUCUGAGUGUCAUCAACACUCCAGACCUCCAGUUGACCACAGCUGACCAACAGACUGAGUUUAUUAAAGACUGUAUGAGGGUCUGUGAUCCUGGACCUCAUGUGUUCCUGUUGGUUCUACAGCCUGAAGACUUCACUGAAGAAGAGAGGAACAGGAUCUACAGAAUCCUUCAAAACAUCAAUGAUCAAUCAUUUGAUCAUUCACUGAUGCUGAUUUUACCUCCCAGACAUGGAGAUUCAGUUUUAACAGAAAACUACAUGAAUAAUCCUCCAAUAAAAGAUCUGAUUAUCAGAUGUAGAUACAGAUACUUAAAGAAAGAGAACAUUGAUCGUUCAGAGCUGAUAACUCGCCUCGGUCAGAUUGUAAAAGAAAACAAUGGAGAACAUGUGAACUAUGAGGAAGAACCAACAACAUCAGGAGUUUUUUUCUCUGCUGCUACAGGAUCAGACACCUACAAGAAGCAGAGCUCAGAGAGUCUCAGGGUUGUUCUGAUUGGGAAAACAGGAAGUGGGAAGAGUUCUUCAGGAAACACUAUUCUGGGAAGAAAUGCGUUUGAAGCUUUUUUAAGUCAGACACCAAUCACUAAAAACUGUCAGAAAGCUCAGACUGAGGUUGAGGGUCGUCCUGUUGUUGUUGUUGACACUCCUGGUCUGUUUGAUACCAGUCUGAGUCCUGAUCAGGUCUGUGAGCAGUUGGUGAGAUAUAUCAGUCUGCUGGCUCCAGGACCACAUGUCUUCCUGCUGGUUUUACAGAUUGGCAGAUUCACACCAAAAGAUAAAGAGACACUGAAACUACUGAAGGAAGUAUUUGGAAAGAAUGCCGAAAACUUCACUAUUGUUCUUUUCACAAGAGGAGAUGAACUGGAUGAUCAGUCCAUUGAAGAUUAUAUUAAAGAGAAUUGUGAUGUUAAGAAGCUGAUUUCUGACUGUGGACAGAGAUUUCAUGUGUUUAAUAACAGGAAUAAAGAGAAUCGAUCACAAGUCAGUGAUCUGAUCAGAAAAAUUGACACCAUGGUGAAAGAAAAUGGAGGCAGCUACUUCACCAACGAGUUCCUGCAAGAGGCUGAAGCUGCGAUACAGAAAGAAAUGAAAAGAAUCUUGAAAGAAAAAGAAGAAAUAAAACACAAAGAGGAGCUUAAAAGAAAACAUGAAGAAAAAGAAAGGAAAUUUACAGAGGAUUUGUGUGCAGCACUUCAUAGAGUUGCAGACGAGCUAAAUCAAGACCCAAAUAUCCAACCUUUAUUAAGAGAAUCAGCACAACAACGUCUUGAGUUAGAUAGUGUGGCAGAGAGUUUCAAAGCAUUUAAAAAAAACUGUCUAAUGCAAUAAGUGGAUUUACCUAGAAAAUGUAUGCAAACAGGUUGACUCAGAAGAAUAUCAAACUAACAUUUCGAACUUGAAAUGUUAGUUUGUAUAAAUUGUACAUUUUAUGCUUGCAUAACUCAACUGGAUCAUUUUGAGUAUGUUGUAAUUACAUAAAACAGUAUGUUCAACUUAAUUCAGUACCUGUAACUUAAAGAAAAGAGGUUGGGUUUACUUACAAAUCUGAAAACUCAUUGUCUCAAAAAAUGAUUUAAAGGGAUUCCCGAUUAGUUGUAACAUUAGACUUUAUUUAAUAAACAUA